CCCACCUCACGUCACGUCGGGGGGCGGGCGAAAGCUUCUUAUUGGUCUGUUCUCCGGAAGCGACGGGAUUCGGAAUCUGGCCCAAAGUCGGCAGCGCGUGGAAGAGCGGACCCCCGCGCGGGCCGGGAUGUUCGUCCUGGUGGAGAUGGUGGACACCGUGCGGAUCCCCCCGUGGCAGUUUGAGAGGAAGCUCAACGACUCCAUUGCCGAAGAGCUGAACAAAAAGUUGGCCAACAAGGUCGUGUACAACGUGGGGCUCUGCAUCUGCCUGUUUGACAUCACUAAGCUGGAGGAUGCCUACGUGUUCCCAGGAGACGGCGCGUCACACACCAAAGUCCAUUUUCGCUAUGUGGUGUUCCAUCCAUUCCUGGAUGAGAUUCUGAUCGGCAAGAUCAAAGGCUGCAGCCCCGAGGGAGUUCACGUCUCUCUAGGGUUCUUCGAUGACAUUCUCAUCCCCCCAGAGUCGCUGCAGCAGCCAGCCAAGUUCGACGAGGCAGAGCAGGUGUGGGUGUGGGAGUACGAGACGGAGGAAGGAGCGCACGACUUGUACAUGGACACCGGCGAGGAGAUCCGCUUCCGGGUGGUGGACGAGAGCUUUGUGGACACGUCCCCCACGGGGCCCAGCUCGGCAGAGGCCACCUCUUCCAGUGAGGAGCUGCCAAAGAAGGAGGCUCCGUACACGCUUGUGGGAUCCAUUAGCGAGCCAGGCCUGGGCCUCCUCUCCUGGUGGACCAGCAGCUAGCCCUGGGGCUGGACGACAGACCCCCACCCCCACCCCGCCGUCCGGGGAAGGAGGUGCCGCUGGCCAUGGAGACAACAGCAGCUUCUGCAGGUGCCAAGGAGCAGAGUGUGUGCCCCACCGGACUGUCCCCUCCCUCGCCAUCCUGGCCCUGUUUCUGGAGCUACCCUGAAGUCACUGUUCCUGUGGACUUCUGCCUCUUGGUGACAGCAAAGACAUUUAAUAAAUAAGGGCAGCAUCAGUCAGGGAUGAGCCGCCCUUGUCUCCGUGAUCUAAGGUCACCGCGUUGCCACAGCUAGGACAGCAUGUCCUUCCUCUCCCCGGAUGGCUGCUGGAGAAGAACUCCCCCUGAUGGCAGGACGUGGUGGUGAGAGAUCAUUGGCCUCAUGGGCUCUGGGCCGGCCUAGCCCGGUGGCUCCUAAGGUCACCAAGAGAGGCUGGCCUGGGGCAGCUGCCAGCUGUUGGUCAGAGUCUUGACCUUUCAGGGACGACCAUCUUCUUUCCCACCAGCAUUUGGAAGGUGGGGGCCUGGGCUUAGCUGGCCCAAGGUCAGGGAUGGUGACCAUCCAUGUCGUCCCUCCCACCAGAGGUACAGCUGUCACUUCCAGACCCUGGCCGCGCCAGGAACACCUUGUGUGUCAGCUGGUGAUGCCAGAUCCUGGACGAGGGCGGACACCACACCGUUUACUCAGCCAAAUGGCUUUGGCAGGUCCCCCCUGCCCUGUCACUCCCUCGUGCACAAACCGCACGCUUGUUCUGUCGGGCAAGUCUUGUGCUGAGUAAGGGACCUCCGCGGGGCCUGCCUCCCGCUCUGGUCUUUCCGCUCACACAGGCACCGAGCGUGGAGGCGGAGGUACUGCCGGUGGACGUCACCCCAGGGACAGCAGCAGCCGCGGAACGGUGCCCGCCGCCACCUGGGGCUGAGGGGCAGGGAGGGGACAGAGCACGUAGUGGACCAGCUGUGUGACCUCGGACGAGGUGGCCUCUGAGAAGGGGGGCUGUGCCCCGCCUCGGGGUGUUUGCAGGGCUGGCUCUACGCCCAGGGGAAGCGGAGGCUCCUGGCACACAGGGAGGUGGGGGAGGCCGCGCUGUGGGCGGAAGUCGGUUAGGGCAGGGAGGCGGGGCUGAGAUGCAGCGCGAGUUCCCGCCCCGUGUGUCCUCCACCGCAGUGGCAGGUGUGCCAUGGCGUGGCUAGCGGGAGCCUCUGCCGACUGGCCACGAAGACCCAGCCCGAGCCCUGGAGUUGGGGACGAUCCGGACACCACCACUCACACACCGGAACAGUCACUGAGUCCGUAUUCUUAUUUUCCUCAUGAGAGUGAAAGUUUCUUUAAAAUCUUUCAGCCACCAGUGAAAUGAUGAGGCGGGAGAAAUAAAUUUAGAUGGGAGUCUUGUCAUCAAAAAUAAAUACAGUUGCAUGGA